CAGUUCCUGAGAAAUCACAAGACAAAGUUAAAAUUUCUCUUCAGACCUGCAAUUGACUGCCCUGAACACACUGUGCAAAAGGAGGGCCAUGGAUUAUUACAGAAAAUAUGCAGCUGCCAUCCUGGCCACCUUGUGUGUUUGUCUGCACAUUCUCCAAUCUUUUCCUGACAGAGAGUUUGCGAUGCUGGGUUGCCCUGAGUGCAAGCUAAAGGAAAACAAAUACUUCUCCAGGGCAGGCGCCCCCAUUUAUCAGUGCAUGGGCUGCUGCUUCUCCCAGGCGUACCCCACCCCAGCAAGGUCCAAGAAGACAAUGCUGGUUCCGAAGAACAUCACUUCUGAGGCCACUUGCUGUGUGGCCAAAGCAUUUACCAAGGCCAUAGUUUCGGGACAUACCAGAGUGGAGAAUCACACAGAAUGCCACUGCAGCACUUGUUAUUAUCACAAGUCUUAAGCAUUUUGCAAAGUGCGUGAUGAUGACUACUGAUUUUGUGGGACGGAGAUUCAAGUUGCUCGUGUUUGUAGCCUUACAAGUCAAAGCCCUCCUUUUCCUUACCAGGCCAGUCUGACGUGCUUCAAGGAUGUACUGCAGCUUUAUUGCUUUUUUCUUUAUCCUACGAUAUGAUCAGCAGCCUAGGUCUUUCCAUCCAGAAUGAAAUAGUGCAUUUAACAUGACCAUAAAAAGCUGGUUCUGUUGGAAAUAAAGCCUUUAAGCUAUCGUUCAA